ACCGCUGCCAGCGUCGGCUCCACGUGCAGCAUUCUACCUGUAUGCACCAAUUAAGAUCGUAUAUCAGGUCAUUGCGCUGUUCUGGAUGCUGCUGUUCGCGAUUCAGCGACCCGAGUUCAUAGUGGUGCAGAAUCCGCCGGCGAUUCCGACCCUGCUCGUCGCUCAAAUGUGUGCCCUGGUGACUGGCGCCAGGCUGGUCAUCGACUGGCACAAUUACGGAUACACUAUUCUCGGAAUCAGGCUGGGGCUCGGACAUCCAGUGGUGAGGCUGGCCAAAUGGUUCGAGAAGGCGUUUGGUAGAUCGGCAUUCGCGCAUCUGUGUGUUACUCGGGCAAUGGCCGAGGACUUGCGGAGCCGAUGGGGUAUCAGUGGCAGGCUACUCGUUCUUCACGACAAGGCGCCCAAGCACUUUAGGCGUCUUGAUGCAGCUGAGAUUCACAAGCUGUGGAUGCGACUACUCAAGGACCCGCAGCUGGCAGCAGUGGCGGAGCUUGCCCCCAACAUAGCAAGACAGCAGCUGUUGCUGACGCAGCGCGACGGGGCGAUAAGCAUGCGCACUGGCCGACCAAUGCUGCUUGUUAGCAGCACCAGUUGGACCGCCGACGAGGACUUUUCCGUGCUGCUCGAUGCGCUGGCCCUGUAUGAGGCAGCUGCGGCCCGGAGGCUGCCGCACAAUGGCGCGCUGCCGCACCUGGCUGUUCUCAUAACAGGCAAGGGGCCGCUGCGAGCCAUGUACGAAUCUGAGAUUGCCCGCCGCCAGCUUCGCCAUGUCACCAUUGCCACGGCCUGGCUGUCUGCCGAGGACUACCCGCUGCUGCUGGGGUCGGCUGACCUGGGUGUCUCGCUGCACACGUCGUCGUCUGGGCUCGACCUGCCAAUGAAGGUAGUCGACAUGCUGGGCUGUGGCACCCCCGUGUGUGCCUACAAGUUUGAAUGUAUUGACGAGCUCGUCACGGCCGACAACGGCAUGGUGUUUGAGGACGCCGCAGAGCUGGCAGCGCAGAUCCAGGCAAUUGCCAGGGACCGCGACGCUAUCGAUGGCCAGUACCGCCGGCUACUGGCGGGCGCCGACAGGUUCCGCCAGAUCGACUGGGACUCAAACUACCAGCAGGUGCUGGAGCUGCUGCGCUGAUGUGCAGCAGCCCAAUUUCCCAAGCUCGCUGAAACGGAGAUCCCUCAAUGUCCCGGCGCGUAUAAAGAUGUCGAGGCAGGGCGCGUUUGUUUUCUUGGGCGAUGACGCUCCUCUAACUUUUUUUUGAUUCUCCUCUUUGGCUCAACCCAAAAAAACCAAAAACUCCCCCUUUCUUCUCUGCCCUGGCGAAGCUCAACGUUUUAACAUAAAAG